AUGGAGGAGCAAUGGGACCUAGUAAUCUCAUCGCUUCAAGAUGUUUACAAUGCUAACGAAGUUAUACCAUUCGAUGACGACACAAACUUAAAGAGUAUCAAUUUUGGCGAUGUACCGACGGAGAAACUGCAGACGCAUUUAAAGAAGCUACGAACUCACGAGGAGAAUGUGCGGCGGGCGCAGAGGUUGUUGGAAGCGGUGAACUCCAAUCUCGAUAACGCUAUUGAAUAUUCGACACAGAUGGACGUGAGAUCGUCGGCUACCCCUGUGCCGGUGAAUCACAAGCGGGAGGCCGCCAGCGACUCUCAGCCGGCUUUGGAGGGCUCGGCGGCUCCGCAGCUGGGAAAGUGUUAUUGGGUCAGCGAGUACAAUCCUGACGGACCACUACGGGUGGGCUCUGAAGUGGCGUAUAAGCCAAGGAAAAGCGGCGAGGGAGAAUGGUUUCAAUGUGAGGUAGUCAAGAUCUCGCCGGAUGGCCUCCGGUUUGAAGUGCGAGACCCGGAACCAGACGAAAUGGGCAAUACUGGCAAGCUGUUCAAAUGCAACUGGAAAGAAAUUAUCUACAUCCCGCCAGAGGACUCGGCCAGGAGCCAGAUACCGAACUACCCAGCGGGAACCAAAGUGCUCGCAAGGUACCCAGAGACGACGACUUUCUACCCGGCAAUCGUCAUCGGAACAAAGAGAGAUGGGGUAUGCCGCCUCAAAUUCGAUGGUGAAGAGGAGGUGGACAAGGAGAUGGAAGUGGCCAGACGCCUAGUAUUGCCCUUCCCUACGGUUUCCUCGCUGCCUACCAGGAAAUGA